UUUUUUUCUUGAAGUUUCCUAACUCUUCGGCAACGACAGCCAAUAACACAUCGCCGCCUCGCAGUCGCAUCGGCAUCGCGGGCGGCAUCGGCGACGACUGCGAUUGGCCAUGGCGGCGUCUCUCCAGGCAUCGUCCUCCUCCCUACGCUCGCGCCUUCUCUCCUCCCCCGCCGCUUGGUCGCCGUGGCGCCUCGUCCUCUCCUCCUCCGUUCACUCGGACGCCUUCCGCCAGAUCGAAACCCUCGCAUUCGACGAGAUCCAGCUGCCCCCCGAGAAGCCGCCCACCGCCACCGCCUUCGUCCUCCACGGCCUCCUCGGCUCCGGCCGCAACUGGCGCUCCUUCUCCCGCGCCCUCGCCUCCGAGCUCCGAGACCGCUCCCCUACCGACGAGUGGAGAAUGGUUCUCGUGGAUUUGAGGAACCACGGGAGAUCGGCGGGGAUAAAGGGGCUAAGCCCGCCCCAUGACAUGUCGAGUGCGGCCAGGGACCUCGCCGAUUUGGUGAAGGCCCGCGGCUGGGCAUGGCCGGAUGUUGUCGUGGGUCACUCCAUGGGUGGUAAGGUGGCGCUAGAUUUUGCAGAGAGCUGUUCCCGUGGCGAAUACGGGGAGUCCACUGAUCUUCCCAAGCAGCUUUGGGUGCUUGAUUCUGUUCCUGGGCAAGUAGAAACAGAUAACAGUGACGGUGAAGUUGAACGGGUUUUACAAACGCUAGCUAGUCUUCCUUCAUCGCUUCCAUCACGCAAGUGGGUUGUCGACCACAUGCUCAACUUGGGAUUUUCAAAAUCUCUUUCAGAAUGGAUUGGGAGCAACUUAAAAAAGGACAAUGAACAUGUGACAUGGGCAUUUGAUCUUCAGGCUGCCAUAGAUAUGUUUAAUUCUUAUAGAGAAAGAAGUUAUUGGACACUGCUUGAGAACCCUCCUAAGGGUUUGGACAUUGCAAUAGUGCAAGCGGAGCACAGCGAUAGAUGGCACCCUGAUGAUGUUCAGAGGCUAAAAGCACUGUCAAGGAGAGAGAGCGAUCCUGAUGCAGGUAAAGUUUCUCUUCACGUUCUCCCCAGAUCUGGCCAUUGGGUUCAUGUGGACAAUCCCAAGGGGCUACUGGAGAUAAUGGCUCCCAACUUUCUGUCAUCUGCUAAAAUUUGACUAGGCUGUUAGCUGGAACUUAGUGUAACAUGCCAUCUUUUGACCACUGGAGGGAUACAUUGUUCUUCAUAUUUUUUUGAUCGGUGAAGAACUACUCUGUUAAUAAAACAGAUUUGUACUGAAUUUCUGUUUGUUGAGGAUAUUGAAUUAUGGUGACGAUGAGCAACUUCACAGAAAUAUUAUACGAUGAUCAAAUGGAAUGAG